AUGGCGGCGCGCGGGGCGGCGGCGGCCGUGGCGGCCGUGGCGGCGCGCUACCCGCCCUUGGUGGCCUCCCCGACGGCCGCCAGCGAGGCGGGGCGGCGGCGGCGGGUGGAGCGCUGGCGGCGGGCGGUGCAGGCGGCGGGGGCGGCGUCCGACAGGCUGCGGCUGUUCACCCGGCUGCAGCGGCCCAAGCUGGCGCUCCACCCGCAGACGGCGGCGCCGGGCGCCGACCGCUGGUACCAGAGCUUCACCAAGACGGUCUUCCGGCCCGGCCUGCCGCCCGCGCUCCCGCCGCCUUCGCCGCCGCGCGGCCCCGACCUCGACCUGCCCGCGCUGCGCGCCGCCGCGCGCCACGGCCUGCUGCAGGAGCACGUGCACCUGCGCCGCGCGCGCCGCGCGCCCCCGCCCGGGCCCCGGGAGCGCGCCGCGCGCGCCCCCUGGCUGGCCCAGCUGCUGGCCGCCCUGGCCCCGCCGCUCGCCGCGCUGAACCCGCACCUCGCCGCCGCCGCGCUCGAUUUUAAACAACCGGUACAUUUCUAUUGGUUGCGUGGCGAGGAAGUUGUUCCUCGAGGCCAUCGACGGGGUAGGAUCGAUGCGCGGAGGUUUCAGAUAGACGACAGGCCACAUAGUCAGAUCCGCAUGUCCAAGCAGCUUCCGGAGUUUGUCGCCCUGGAUGAAUUCGUUCCUGAAGAAAUUCCUGUUAUAAACUGUAGCCCAAACAAGCUUCCGAUGUUUAAACGACAAUAUGAAAACAAGAUAUUUAUUGGGACAAAGCUAGCCGAUCCCUGCUGUUAUGGUCAUACCCAGUUUCAUCUCUUACCCGACAACAUGGAAAGGUCUAGACUUGUGAAAGAAAAUCGCGCGGACCAGAUUGAAGUUGGUUUCCGAGCUAACGCUAUUGCAAGUCUUUUUGCUUGGACUGGAGCACAAGCCAUGUAUCAAGGAUUCUGGAGCGAAGCAGAUGUCACCCGUCCCUUUGUCUCCCAGGCUGUGGUCACAGAUGGAAAAUAUUUCGCUUUUUUUUGUUAUCAGUUGAAUACGUUGGCCCUGACUGUUGAGGCUGAUCGGAAUAACCCCCGGAAAAAUAUCUGUUGGGGUACAGAAAGUAUGCCCCUCUAUGAUACAAUUGAAAAUGAGGAGGUGAAAGGCUUUAAUGAUGAAGUUUUGCUUCAGAUAAUUCAAUUUUUACUGAAUAGGCCAAAAGAAAACGAAUCAGAGGUACUGAAAACAUAAGAAAUUUUUAAGAUGAGCAAAUUUCUGGUGAAAGUUUAAACGUAAUGGAAGGUACAGUCGAAGUCGUAAUAAUUAUAGUAAUCGUACAUUUAUUAAAUCUUGAAAAUAA